AUGUCGAAUUUUGAACCAAAUGCCGUGAUCCGCGGCGCCCAGCUGACAGUGGUCGGCACUGUGCGAGCUCUGAUUAAUCCAAGACUGUUCAAAUAUGAUCACUUCCGACAGGCAGCUCUUGCUAUUGCUAUUGGAAUCAUCAUCCAAGUCGUCAUCCAGAUUCCGAUCAUUUCCGUCAGGCUGCUCAUUUGGAUCACUUCAUGGAUUGUUGAUCUGGAAGAUACUACCUGGGAUAAUAAUCUCCUCAACGGCCUUGACUUCUUGAACAAAUCCGUUCUGCAGGUUCCAUUCCUUCUCAUGACUCUGCUGAGAUACGUCGUGCCGACGCUUGACGAGAUCUUUAUGGACUCUUUGAAUUGGGUUGACACCACAUAUGUCCACAAACACAAGACUGAGGACCCGAAGACUUUGCGCGCGAUGUACUAUCCAAACCUUGUCCAAUAUCCGACAAACGACAAGGGCGAAUCCAAACCAAUUGUCGAGAAAUUACUGGCGUUUCUGAAGAGGUAUGGGCGCAAGGUCGGCAUGCUUCUAGGGAUCUACCUCGUUUCUCUUGUGCCCAUCGUGGGCCGUUUCGUGAUGCCCGCGGCCUCGUUCUAUACCUUCCACAAUGCCGUCGGGACCACACCAGCUGCUGUCAUUUUCGGAACCGGUAUCCUUCUUCCAAAGCGAUAUCUUGUCACCUUCCUGCACAGCUACUUUGCUUCUCGCAGUUUGAUGCGAGAACUGCUCGAGCCAUACUUCUCCCGUAUUCAUUUUACUUCCGAGCAGAGACGUCACUGGUUCAAGGAUCGCGAAGGAGUUCUCUUCGGCUUUGCGUUCGCUUUCACGUUUGUCCUGAAGAUCCCGAUCAUCGGAGUUCUGAUGUAUGGCGUGGCCGAGGCCUCCACCGCGUAUCUCGUCACCAAGAUCACCGACCCCCCACCUAGCCCCGCUGAGAGUGAAGGCUUUGCGGAAACCCAGGUUACGUGGAAGAACAAGCACGACUUCUUGGGACUGUCUCUGGAUAACAUUGAUAAGCUCAAUGUGGCAGCGCACGAUCAGCAGCCCGCACCAAAGCCCACAACUCCAGGGCGAAGAUUCGCCUAG